CGACCAAAGCCCCGAAGGGUCUUCGCGUUCAGACUUCAAACCAACUAUUUGAGGCUUGCACUUUUGCAAAACACAAGGGCCUCAACAACUCAACGAGACUCACGUCAUCCGUAUAACUAGCAAACCCUUCCAGACUCUCUCGCUACUUUGAAAACGGUCUCGCCUGGUUUGACGAACGGAGCUGGGCUUUGGAAUCCCGCGUUUGAAAUUUCGGCAAACUGAAGUCUGGACCAGAGUCUGGACUCACUUCGACGAGCAACCUCAAUUGACGCAUAGCUACCCAGCACUGGUGGCUGCCUUGCGCCCACGGAGAAGUUAUGGGUAACACACAGGCCCGCCCACCGCCCGGGGCCCCGGUGGACCUGCGCCAUUUCGAGCUUCUGCAGUACAUCGGAAAAGGGGCGUUCGGGAAAGUGAGGGUGGUGAAGCGGAAGGACACGAACAAAAUCUACGCGAUGAAGUAUAUCGACAAGGUGGAAUGCGUCAAGAUGCGCGCGGUGCAUAACAUCUUUCGCGAACGGCGGAUAUUGGAGGAGAUUGAUCAUCCGUUUGUUGUGAACCUUCGAUACGCCUUUCAGGACGAUAGUUGGCUGUUCAUGAUCACGGAUUUGAUGGCUGGAGGCGACAUGCGUUUUCAUAUCGACCAGAGGCAUGGAUUUCCGCAUGAAUCUGUGAGAAUCAUGGCGGCCGAGUUGGUGUGCGCUCUCGAAUACCUGCAUAAGAGGAAUAUUGUGCACCGGGAUGUGAAGCCCGACAAUAUCUUGUUUGACGAGAAAGGACAUGUUCAUCUGACGGAUUUCAACAUUGCGGUGCACUACAAUAGGAAGAACAAGCUCACAUCUGAAUCGGGGACGCUGAACUACAUGGCCCCGGAGGUUUUUACGAAAGUCGGGUACAGCUGGCCUAUCGAUUGGUGGGGUCUGGGAAUCGUCAUUUUCGAAGCCCUGUACGGACGAAGACCGUUCCGCAGCGGCGAGGACGAUAAUGUUGUCAAGGACAACAUAUGCCAUCAGGAAUUGGAAUUUCCGGAUCGGAAUUUGCUCGAUGCCAAACCAGUAGAGCUACCGCUAGAGGUGGAAGACUUCAUACGCCGCCUGGUUGAGCGCGACGUAAGAAAACGAAUCGGGUGCGGAAUCAUGGGUGUGGAAGAGAUUGAAGCCCAUCCGUGGUUUCGAGGAAUCAACUGGCAAACGGUGGAGAAACUAGAACUACAGCCAGUUUUCGUCCCCGACGCCACGCGCGGAAACUACGAUCCAUUAUUGGAUCUGGAAGAAAUGUUUGCAGACACCGAACCAUUAGCCUACAAAUCCAGACAGAAGAAAGCACCGAAGGCGAAAUCGCAAGAUCUUGCUGUAGUAGAUGCGGACACGCCGACAGCUGGAAAGGAAGUUCGAGACGAACGAUGCUUGACGAGCCCUAUCGAACAUAGCGACGAGAACAGCCCUUCCGCGCCAAACCAGCCGGAACGAACACCAGAAGAGAUAAUGCAGAGGGAGCUCGAUUACCUUGACGAGCACUUCAAACACUUUGACUACAGCGUCUACGAAAGCUAUAGAGGAUUCGUAGACGAGAGGACGAUGAGCGUGUCGGAACAAGUUCCGGAGUGGGUCAAAAAUCUAGAUGAGGCGGGCACAUCCCCAGUAUCAAUACCAGCCCCGCUACCAGAGCGGACAUCUAUGGCCUCCAGCAUCCUGGAGUCCCCGAUAGGAACGCCUCCUGCCGAGUUGAGCCGGAUGGGCAGCCUUGUGAUGAAGACUGUGUGGGAACCACCACGGGCUCCACCACCACCAGAGGAGUUUGUCGGCAAUGAAGGGUUGUUCGAUCCGGAAAAGUCGACGGGAGAUUUAUCUUUCCCACGGGCAUCUGCCGCGCCAAAGUCAGCUGGGCCAGCUGUUUUCGACUCGACAGCGCCGGGCUGUCACGGCCAGCAGGACUAUGACUUGGCGACGAUGCACAAGGAAGCGAGACAGUCGGUUGCCACAUUAUAGUAGCUUUCUCUUCGUUGAGGGGAUCUACACUUUUGGACAGGGAGGUUGUUCGGGAUCACUGCAUGUAGAUUUAAGUAGAGGCAUAGUUCUUUUUAAUAGACUUGUUGUGUUCUUAUGGCGGUUGGGAUCCGCCGAAGCGCG